AUGCAGCCAUAUACUUCAAACUGGACCCACAUAACAGAGUUUGUCAUGGUGGGCUUUAGCGAGGUGCACGAAACACGUCUCCUCCUCCUCGUAGUCUUCCUCACCAUGUACCUGUUCACCUUGGUGGAGAACUUGGCCAUCAUCUUGGUGGUGGGUUUGGACCGCCGGCUACAUCGACCCAUGUAUUUCUUCCUGACACACUUGUCCUGCCUUGAAAUCGGGUACACGUCAGUCACUGUGCCCAAGAUGCUGGCUGGUUUUAUCGGGGUGGUCGGGGGCAAGAGUAUCUCCUACGCUGGCUGCCUGUCCCAGCUCUUCAUCUUCACCUUCCUUGGGGCCACAGAGUGUUUCCUACUGGCUGCCAUGGCCUAUGACCGCUAUGUGGCCAUUUGUAUGCCUCUCCAUGGAUCCAUCGUGUCCUGGGGCACCUGCAUCCGUCUGGCAGCUGCUUGUUGGCUGGUCGGCUUCCUUACGCCCGUCUGGCCCAUCUACCUCAUGUCCCGACUGACAUUUUGUGGCCCCAAUGUCAUCGACCACUUCUUCUGUGAUGCCUCACCUCUGCUGGCCUUGUCCUGCUCGGAUGUCACCCUGAAGGGGACCAUGGACUUCUUGGUCUCUCUGGCUGUGCUCCUGGCAUCCUCCAUGGUCAUUGCUGUGUCCUAUGGCAACAUAGUCUGGACGCUGCUGCACAUCCGCUCCGCUGCGGAGCGCCGGAAGGCCUUCUCGACUUGUGCGGCUCACCUGACCGUGGUGGGCCUCUUCUACGGCACCCUUUUCUUUAUGUACGUCCGCACCAAAGUGGCCUCUUCCAUCAGCUUCCAUAAGGUGGUGUCUGUCUUCUACUCCAUCGUCACGCCCAUGCUCAACCCCCUCAUCUACAGCCUUCGAAAUAAGGAGGUGAAGGGCGCUCUGGGCAGAGCUUUUUCCUCCAGGUCUUGGAAAGGUCAGUGA